AUGGCUCACCUGACGGAGCGCAGACGGACCACAGACACCACCGAGUUGGAAGUGUGGGACAGCGAGUUCGCUGGGGAAGUGAACAGGUCCUUAUUCCCACCCGCAGUGGCCAACCCCUUCAUACAGCAGACUCACCUCAGUGCUUGGCGCUGGGCCCGCAUUAUCCUCCUGGGCACCGUGCUGGUACCUGUGCGUGUGUCCUGCAUCGCCUUCCUCUUCCUCCUCCUCUGGCCUAUGGCCACGCUCUCCACCAUUAACUUGCCUACUCGACCUACCAAGCCCAUGAAAGGCUGGAGGGAGCAUCUGAUGAAGCCGGCCCUCCGGUUCUUGUUCCGCGUGACGUUCUUUUUUGCUGGGUUCCUGGUUAAGGUCAAAGGGAAAAAGGCCACCAGAGAAGAGGCCCCCAUUUUCGUCACCGCGCCGCACUCCACCUUCUUUGAUGCAAUCGCCGUUGUUGUGGCAGGGCUCCCUUCCGUGGUCGCUGCGAGCCACAGUGUGCAGAUCCCGUUGGCUGGGAAAUGUCUCCUGUCCACUCAGCCUGUGCUUGUGAAACGAGAAGAUCUGAAUUCUAGGAAGACUACCCGGAAUGAAAUCCUGACUCGAGUGUUAUCCAAAAUGAAGUGGCCACAGAUUCUGAUUUUCCCAGAAGGAGUGUGCACCAAUCGCUCCUGUCUUAUCACUUUUAAACUGGGGGCCUUCUCCCCUGGUGUCCCUGUGCAGCCGGUGCUGCUUAGGUACCCCAACACGGUGGACACGGUGACCUGGACCUGGCAGGGAUUCACAGGCGUCCAGGCCUUGAUGCUAACUCUGAGUCAGUCCUUCACUUGGGUGGAAGUGGAGUUUAUGCCUGUUUAUAGCCCAAGUGAGGAAGAAAAGAAAGAUCCCAUCCUUUUUGCCAACUCAGUCCGAAUCAACAUGGCAAAUGCUUUGAAAAUCCCUGUGACGGAUCACACUUUCGAAGACUGCAGACUGAUGGUUUCUGCUGGUGCCCUUCAACUACCCAUGGAAGCUGGUUUGGUGGAAUUUACAACCAUCAGCCGGAAAUUGAAAUUAGACUGGGACAAUAUCCACAAGCACUUGGACAAAUAUGCCGAGAUCGCAGUCGCCUCAAAAGGAGGCAGGAUUGGAAUUGAAGAGUUUUCAAAUUAUCUGAAACUCCCAAUUUCAGAGCCCCUGAGUCAGCUGUUUUCUCUCUUUGACAGGAAUCAUGACGGCACCAUCGACUUCCGGGAGUAUGUGAUAGGGCUAACGGUCCUGUGCAACCCUGCCAACACGGAGAAGAUUCUGCAAAUGUCAUUUAAGCUUUUUGAUCUUGAUGAGGACGGCUACAUAACGGAACAAGAGUUAACAACUAUUCUCCGGGCAGCGUUCGGAGUGCCAGACCUAGAUGUUUCCGUACUCUUUCAGGAGAUGGCUGGCAAGGAGUCAGCUCAGGUUUCCUACGUGGCCUUCAGGAAAUUUGCCCUAAAGCAUCCAGUAUAUGCCAAGCUAUUCAGUUCAUACCUAGACCUCCAAGCAGCCUAUGUAUACAAGCAGUGA